CAAGACUGCAUGUACCUUUGGAAAAAGGCUGAGGCUUAGCUCUUACGGUUUUAGAAUCUGAGCCUCCGCCAGUCUGUGUCGGGCCAGGGACCAGGGCAGGGUCUCCGGGGGCCUGUUGCCCAACAGCUGUUCCCUGGGUUAUUUUGGUUCAGUGGGAGCUUAUCAAUUCCAGCGUAUUUGGAUCAAGAGAGCCAACAGCAAGACAAUCUCCAGGUGGUUCUCUGGGGACCUCUCCAACAUUUCUGAAAUGAGCGGGGGUGGGGGAAAGAGUUUGCUUGGGGAGUAGUUUCCCCAGGAGGGAAAUCUCCUGCCAGUAUCAUACCUAUCACCUUCUCCAAUUUUACGCGGGGUCCAGAGAGGCGGAGGCACUGGAACUGAGGCCACACCCCUGGGGAGCCAGGUCUCUGACCCCAGGCCACAGUGCCUCUCCGCUGGGCCUCGGGCAGACCAGCAGCCAGGUCGGAUCCUGCCAAGGGGGAUUCCUGUUCCCGACAAGCUCCAGCCAGCAUGGAAAGCGCUGACUGGCCCUGGCUUCCUUUUGGGCCACAGCGAGGGGGGAGGGGGGUGGGGCAGGCAGCUGCCCGCCUCACUGACCCCGAGUGCCUCCCUGAGAUGGGUCGAGUGCGGGUGGGCGGAGUGAGGCAGGAAAACGAGCCACUCUGGAGCCCCGCCCAACCCUAGGUCAGCAGCUCCUGGCUUGGCCCCCCCAGAGCCCGCGGGGACUGCCCCCGGGGCGCAGAGCCAGAGGGGCCCAGGCCGCGUUCCCUCUGGCAACCGGGCUGGCGCCCGGGGAGCGCGCUUAGGCACCAGGCGGGCGCACGCCCCCCACACGCCCUCUGGAAAUCGCCGGGGUGGGGGGCGCUCCGUAACCGAACUUAGUCGUCGAGCGCGCUCCUGGCAAGUCCCAGCGACAGGUCUUAUUGCCGGGUCUCAGAAAACAAGCGGCCCCGGGUGGGGCCGCUUCGGCGAAGUCCCCUCGGCAACCUCUAUCGCUCCCGCCUCUCCCUGGGAUUUUCCAGCGGGUUAAUUUCCUGUCCGGGUAAGUCCUUCGCGAGUCCUCGCCCCUCCCUCCCCGACUCUCCCCUGUGCGUCCCCGCCGCCCCGGACUCCCCCAGUCCGUCCGCGUCGCGCUCGGUCGCCCCCGCGCGCCCGGGCGCACGCCCUCCCCGCCCCGGCCGCCCUCCAGCUCCCAGCGCCCGGCCGCCCGGGGCCCCGCGCACCGCCCCGCGCCGGGAGGGCUCGCCCCGAGAGCCACGUCCGCGUAGCCGCGGCUCGCGCGGGUCCCCCCCGGCCAUGCGCCCCCGCGCCGUCCCCCGCGCCCCCUCCGGCGCCCCCGCCGCCGCCGCCGCGCUCGGCGUCCGCAGCCUCCUCCUGCUGCUACUGCUCCGGCCCGGGCACGCGUGCCCCGCGGGCUGCGCCUGCACCGACCCGCACACCGUGGACUGCCGCGACCGCGGGCUGCCCAGCGUGCCCGACCCUUUCCCCCUGGACGUGCGCAAGCUGCUGGUGGCCGGCAACCGCAUCCAGCACAUCCCCGAGGACUUCUUCAUUUUCUAUGGCGACCUGGUCUACCUGGACUUCAGGAACAACUCGCUGCGCUCGCUGGAGGAGGGCACGUUCAGCGGCUCGGCCAAGCUGGCCUUCCUCGACCUCAGCUACAACAACCUGACCCAGCUGGGCGCCGGCGCCUUCCGCUCGGCCGGGAGGCUGGUCAAGCUGAGCCUGGCCAACAACAACCUGACGGGCGUGCACGAGGCCGCCUUCGAGACGCUGGAGUCGCUGCAGGUGCUGGAGCUCAACGACAACAACCUGCGCAGCCUCAACGUGGCCACCCUGGCCGCGCUGCCCGCGCUGCGCACCCUGCGUCUGGACGGCAACCCCUGGCUCUGCGACUGCGACUUCGCCCACCUCUUCUCCUGGAUCCAGGAGAACGCGUCCAAGCUGCCCAAAGGCCGUGAGGAAAUCCAGUGCUCUCUGCCCCUGGGGAACAGGAGGAUAUUCCUGCACGAGCUGUCCGAGGCCAGCUUCAGCGAGUGUAGGUUCAGCCUGUCGCUCACAGACCUGUUCAUCAUCAUCUUCUCGGGCGUGGCGGUGUCCAUCGCUGCCAUCAUCUCCAGCUUCUUCCUGGCCACCGUGGUGCAGUGCUUCCAGAGAUGUGCCCCCAACAAGGACACCGAAGACGAGGAGGACGAGGAUGAGGACGACUGAGCCGCCCCCUCCCUUCCUGGAUUGCCAGAGCCCAGGCGGGGCUCCCCUCCGAGCCUAGCGGGAAGAGGGGAAGCUGGAAGUGGGAAGCAGUCAACCCACGGUGCCCAGAGCAGCACCUGCCCCCGGCCGUGCACCUGGCCGUGCACCUGGCCGCGCACAUGGCCACACACCCCGGGUGCCCGCUGGGACCUCCCAUCUCAGAGUUUAAGACCUUAGGGGUGGACGAGCCCAGGAAGGAUUCUGGAGGGACCUGCCUCUUGGCUUGAGGUUCGAGAAUGGGGUAGAGAGAGGCUUCCCCGCUGACCCUGAACCCCAAGCCGGGGGGAGCAGACGCUUGCAGCUCUGACCACCGAGCUGGCUUGUGCAUCUGUUCUCUGGCCUGGCUUGGGACACUGAGCAGCAGCCUCUUCGUCCCGGGAUGCAGCCGCUCAGACAGGGACUCACGUCCAGGGCCCUGUCCCUGGAGUGGACUUCUGCCGUACAGGGCUUCGGCAGCCUCUAGAGGUCCACAGGACAGAUCCCCAUUUGGCUAAAGUGGCACCGAGGGAAAAGCUAAGAUCUGGCCAAAGGGUGUUUGUCGCUGUAAUUUGGUGAGCAGGUGAGGAAGGCUUUUCCUGACAGAGCUCUCACCCUGUCCUCAGCCUGAGAGGAAGCAACUUGUAGAGGAAGAAGGGUCCGUCUUGUAUACAGUCUCCAUGGCCUCUGUGCCCCAUCACUCCUUCCCCUGAAACACAGCCACUUGUCUCCCUUCCCUGGCCCCUUCCCCAGCCCCCCCACCACUGGAAUCCCUCCUCAGCCAGCUAAUGCCUGGCGGGUCUCUGUGCUGGCACGGGUCCAGACUUGUCACCUCCAGAACUUGUGGUAAACUUUCCCCCGAGGCCAGGAUUCCAAAAAGCAGGUUGUGCUGGACCAAGAAAAUGCUAAAAAAACAAAACAAACAAACAAAAAAAAAAAACCCCCAGAGAUUUGGCCUCUGAGAAACCUCCAUCAGUGGCCUUAGGGUGUGUGUUACAUUUCCUUGGAGCAGAGUUUGUGACAGGCAGUGUUUUCCUGGAUGUGGAAGACAGCGCUGGGUUCAGAGAUAAUAUGAAGCCACGUCAUGUGCCUGGCGGGUUAAUGUAGGGCGACGGUGUCAGCAACAUUGGACUCUGCUGGGGACUGAGACUUUGAGGGAGCCUGAGAGAAGCCCUGGGUGUUUCUGGGAACCACCUCUCCACUGUUUCUCCUAAUAUAUUCCUUAUGUGCUCUUC